UCAGGAGGUGCAUAUUUCAAUAUUUGAAAGACAAGAUUCGCAUAUAUAAUAAUUUCAAUUUUAAAUAAGAAAGCCUCAUUGUUUGUUUAUAUUUUUGAUAAACAAAUAAUAAAAAACCCUACAUAAAUACAACCGUCACUUCACUUGUUUCAUUCAUACUCUCAUCUUCUCUCUCUCUUUUUUUUUCCGGCAUAACUUGUCUGUGAUUUUGAAAAAAAAAAAAAAACCUGUCUGUGAUUCUAAACUCCAUAAACUGUUUCAUCGAUAACUGUCUUUUGCUUCAGUAUCUAUAACUCUUGCUAUUUUUCGAAUUAAAAUUCAAAUACAAAGAAAAUGUCAGGAAGAAGAUCACGUUCGAGACAAUCAUCAGGGAUCUCAGAAGAUCAGAUCAACGAUCUCAUUAUCAAGUUGCAGCAGCUUCUUCCUGAGCUCAGGAACAGCCGUCGCUCCGACAAGGUUUCAGCAUCGAGAGUGUUACAAGAGACGUGCAACUACAUAAGGAAUCUGCAUAGAGAGGUUGAUGAUCUGAGUGAGAGACUUUCUGAGUUACUCGCAAACACAGACACUGCUCAAGCUGCUUUAAUCAGAAGCUUACUUACCCAAUAAUUUCUAUCUUCUUCUUCUUUAUUACUAUAAUAAUAAUAGUACGCGGAUUUUAUUUUUCUCUAGAUGAUAAUGACCUUAUAGAUGUUUAAUGAUACAAGUUCGUCACUUCUGCUUUGGUCAUAAAUAUUCGCUUGUUUCCUAUAUAAAACCUUUGCUUUUUUCAGUUACUUUGUUUGUCUCUUUUUAUAAUUCUGUUAGGGUUUUGUUCACCCAAAGACUUAGCUAUGUUCAUUUUCUAGCCUUCCUUGUUUGUGUCUUUCAUAAUUUAAAAAAUGUCAUAACAAGAGAUCUUACAUCAAAAAACGAUGAGUUUGUAACAUAAACAUAUCACUUAGCAAUUUCAUGUUAUAUAUAGAUACUGCGAAAAGAAGAAGCCUUAUAAAAUCUUAGAAAAUAACAGUAAGUUCCUUUUUUAACACUAUAAAGGGAUAAAUUUUAUAUAUCCCGAAAUUUAAGAAAGAUGAUACCCAAAAAAGACUCAUCCAUUAUAAAAAUGUCCAAGAACAUAUUCAAUAUUAGUCUCCACUUGCUAGUUUUGGUGUUGGCGACAUAUCUCGUCGAGUGCCAUACGUACCUUCUGAGAAAAGAAAAAUAUAUAAGGAACCAUUAUUAUGAGUUUUAUGGGUUGCAAAAGAUGAAAAUAAUAAUUCAAAACUGUUAUCAUUGAUUACUAUAUUGCUCUAUAUACAUAAACUACAAAGUAAUUAAUUAUUUUGAGACAGAGGAUCGAUGAAACUGUCAUUUCCGCAUAUAAACAUAUUGAGGGAUUGGAGGAUUAUGUUUAUGGGAGUAUGGGGUGAUUUGACGCUAUGCACUCAAAAGAAGCAUAAAAAGCUGCAAAUAUUAUGCCAUAACCUAAUUUCGAUUUUGUCACUCUUGUUUAUAUUUGAUUUUUGUAGUUUUUUUCCUUCCCACCUAACAUACUUUCUUUUUAGAAGAUAUUUUGAAACUAUAUUACACACUGAUAAGAUUGGAAAAAGGCAUCUGAGAGAAUAUCUACUUCUAUUUUCGUAGUAUUUGUCUAGAGUUUUAAAAGCUAUUGUUAAAAUUGUUACACAUGACCGGAGCCCAUUAGCAUUUUUAGUGAGGGAUUUCAUGAAAUAUAAUUCCAAUGGACAGUUUUUCUAAAAUACCAUCAAAGUAAAAUAUAGUAAAAGACAGUACUGCACCACCAUUAUAUAUCUGAUGAAACUUAAUUGAUUAAAAACAGGCUUUCCUUACUUUUCAUAAAUUGAGAUUUUUCAAUGUAAAAAAAAAAGAAGAAGAGAUUUUUCAAUGUUAUUGUUUGUAAUAAAAAAAAUUAGGUAAUUUUUGAAACUUGGAUCUAACUAGUGGUAUCUAUUAGUAGUAUUUUUGAAUGAAAAGAGCAGGUGGUUGUAUUUUUGGUAAAAUUAUGUUAAGUUUAUGUUUUUGGUGAGAAUCAAAUACAACAUUACAGAUUUAAUAUCUAAAAGUUAAUGAUAAUUAUAUCUUAUCUUUUUAUUUAUUAUUUGUUAUCCAAAUUAUCUUUGUCAAAUCGCCAAUAAUUAAGUAGCUUAUAUACUAAAAUUCAGGAUUGAACUUCACAACAUUAAUGUUACAGAAUAUAUAAGUUACAGUAAUGCCCAGUUUUUAUAUUUCUCUGUUUCUUAUAGCUUAAAUUCUAAUGUCAGUAAGCCACUUUUUUGUUUAAUCAAUAUCACAUUU